CUAGGACCAGGUGCCUGCUGGCCAUUGUCUAGGCAGCUGUGUGCAAGCCAGAGAAGCAUGAGGACACUGGAAGACUCCUCAGGGACAGUCCUGCACCGCCUCAUCCAGGAGCAGCUGCGCUACGGCAACCUGACAGAGACUCGCACUCUGCUGGCCAUCCAGCAACAGGCCCUGAGGGGUGGGGCUGGAGCUGGGGGCACAGGGAGCCCCCAGGCCUCCCUGGAGAUUGGACCUCCUGAGGAUAGUCAGGUGCUACAGCAGGCCACCAGGCAGGAGCCCCAGGGCCAGGAGCAUCAAGGUGGAGAGACCCACCUGGCAGAGAACAGGCUCUACCGGCCAUGCCCACAGCCCAGCAAGGGAGAAGAGCUGCCCACCUAUGAGGAGGCCAAAGCUCACUCCCAGUACUACGCAGUGCAGCAGGCAGGACCCCGGCCCCAUGUUGGGGACCGAGAUCCUAGAGGAGCAUCAGGAGGCAGCCGACGCCAGGAUGAGGCUCUGCGGGAGCUGAGGCAUGGCCACGUACGCUCCUUGAGUGAACGACUUCUGCAGUUGUCCCUGGAAAGAAACGGUGCUCGGGUCCCCAGCCACAUGAGCUCUUCACACAGCUUCCCUCAGCUGGCCCGGAGCCAGCAGGGUCUCCAACCCCGAGGACCCCCAGCUGAGGUCCCAGAGCCCCGUGGGCCCCCACCUCAGUACCCACACGCUGUACUGGCUCAUGAGACUGCGGCUGUCACUGACCCAAGAUACCGUCCUCGAAGCAGCCCACACUUCCAGCACGCGGAAGUCAGGAUCCUCCAGGCCCAGGUCCCGCCCGUGUUCCUCCAACAGCAGCAGUACCAGUACCUGCAGCAGCCCCAGGAGCACUCCCCACCCCUUCAUCCGGCCGCCCUAAGCCAUGGUCCCCCAAGCUCCUUCAGUCCACCUGCAGUGGAGGGACCAGCAAGUUCGCAGGCCGCCUCGGGCAGUGCCCACCUGGCGCAGAUGGAGACCGUGCUGAGGGAGAACGCCAGACUGCAGAGAGACAAUGAGAGGCUGCAGAGAGAGCUGGAGGGCACGGCAGAGAAGGCCAGCCGCAUAGACAAGCUGGAAAAUGAAAUUCAGCGGCUCUCUGAGGCCCAUGAGAGCCUGAUGAGGACCUCUUCCAAGCGUGAGGCCCUGGAGAAGACUAUGAGGAACAAGAUGGACAGUGAGAUGAGGCGGUUGCAGGACUUCAACCGCGAUCUUAGAGAGAGACUGGAAUCUGCAAACCGCCACCUGGCAAGCAAGACACAGGAAGCCCAGGCGGGCAGUCAGGACAUGGUAGCCAAGCUGCUUGCUCAGAAAUAUGAACACCAGCAGGAACAGGAGAAGCUGGAGCGUGAGAUGGCACUGCUGCGUGGUGCCAUCGAGGACCAGCGGCGACGUGCUGAACUGCUGGAGCAGGCUCUGGGCAAUGCACAAAGCCGUGCUGCCACUGAAGAGGAGCUACGCAAGAAGCAGGCCUAUGUGGAGAAGGUGGAGCGGCUGCAGCAGGCUCUGGGACAGUUGCAGGCUGCCUGCGAGAAACGGGAGCAGCUGGAGCUGCGUCUGCGCACGCGCCUAGAGCAGGAACUCAAAGCCCUUCGCGCACAGCAGAGACAGGCAGGCACCCUCACUGGUAGUGGUGGCAUCAAUGGUGGGUCCACUGAGCUCAGUGCCCUUCGACUCUCAGAACAACUGAGGGAGAAGGAAGAACAGAUCCUGGCUCUGGAGGCUGACAUGACCAAGUGGGAACAAAAGUACCUGGAGGAACGGGCCAUGAGGCAGUUUGCCAUGGAUGCCGCUGCCACCGCCGCCGCGCAGCGCGACUCCACUCUCAUCAGACACUCCCCCCAGCCCUCGCCCAGCAGCAGUUUCAAUGAGGGCCUGCUGGCAGGCAGCCACAGGCACCAAGAGAUGGAGAGCAGGUUGAAGGUGCUCCAUGCCCAGAUCCUAGAGAAGGAUGCAGUGAUCAAGGUCCUUCAGCAACGCUCCAGGAAAGACCCUGGCAAGGCUACCCAGGGCACCCUGCGGCCUGCCAAGUCGGUGCCAUCCAUCUUCGCGGCUGCAGUGGGGGUUCAGAGCUGGCAAGGGCUCUCAUCCAGCGAGCGGCAAACGGAUGCACCUGCCCGGCUGACAGUAGACCGUGUACCAGCAGAGGAGCCCCCAGCCACAGCUCCUCUCCCUACCCACACCAAACACGGGAGCAGAGAUGGGAGCACCCAGACUGAGAGCCCUGCAGAUAGCACCUCUGCCUGCUUAGCCUCAGAGCCCGAGAGCCUCCUAGGGUGCAGCAGUAGCCAGAGGACACCCUCUCUGGACUCUGUAGCUGCAACCCGAGUCCAGGACCUGUCAGACAUGGUGGAAAUACUGAUCUGAAGGGAAGAGGUGGUGCCUUGGGGAUCCCGACUCCCUGGCCUCCCUGGCACUCCAGC